CUGAAGGUAUUGGUAAGGGAAACUUUUUGAAUGGAGCUAGUGGUGGUGCUGGACAUGGUGGAAAAGGAGGGUCUGAAUAUUUCAACGGGAGAGAGAGUAUUGGUGGUAGUGAAUAUGGAAAUGCUAUUCUUCCAUGUGAAUUGGGCAGUGGAACUGAGGGCCUUAAUGAGUCAUAUGAGCAUGUUGUUGGAGGCGAGAUGAUUGUGAUGGGAUCUAUUCAGUGGCCACUUUUGAGACUAGAUCUUUAUGGAUCCUUGAGGGCUGAUGGUGAAAGCUUUAGCAAAUCAAUAAAAAGCAGUGAUGGUUCUUUGGUUAGGGGUCUUGGCGGAGGUUAUGGUGGAAUAGUCCUUUUUUUCCUUCAACAAAUUCGGCUCUUGGAAAAUCCUUACUUAUCUGUUGUAGGGGGCAAUGGUGGCCCUAUUGAUGGUGGUGGUGGAGGUGGAGGUCGAAUUCAUUUCCAUUGGUCAAAGAUUAGUAUGGAGGACGAAUAUGUUCCUGUUGCAAGUAUUACUGGCACCAUGAAUAACAGGGGGUGUUACAAGACGGUCUUGUCCAUAUAAAUGUAUAUCAGACAAAGUUGGUCCAAUUUCCAAAUUUAACUCUGGCCUUGUAGUACCUCGCUAUCCUCUAUUGGUAAGUAGCCUUUCUAAACUGAGAUUGCUUUCCUAACUCUUAAAUUAGGUCAAAGUUGGUCCUUAACUCUGCUUCGUUGGAACCCACACAUUUUGAAAAGUUCUGUUGGGUUCUUAGUAGCAUUCGGCAACCGUUUCUUCUUUUCACCUUUCUUUUAAAUAAAAGUACAAAGAAGCUAAUUAGCAAAGGAGUAAAGUCAGAAAUAAUUGUUUGGGUUAUAUUUUAUUAUUUAAUGUUGUUCUUUGUCAUUCUUAUAACUGAUGAACCAUCAACCUUGAAAAUGUUUGGGUUAUAUUUUAUUAUUUAAUGUUGUUUUUUUUCUCUGACUUUCCUAUAUCCCAUGUAUUUAUUUAAGUUUAAUUACUAAUGUAUUUAUUUAAGUUUAAAAGUCAAAGAUACGGGAAGCACAACAAUAUUUUCAUUUCCAGAGUUAAUGUGCAAAUCUUAAAACACCAAGUAUGGUUGUGAUAUGUAUUUUUCUUUAAUGAUUGAAGAGAUCAGAGUAUGUAACUUUAGGUUACUAAGUGGCAUUAUAUGACACUGAUGGUUGUAUUUUUGUUU